UGGACGAUCUCUGGGAUCAUCUCUAUUGGUCUUAUGUGACGCUCAAAGAUGGAGGCGGCCGAUGUUAACUUGACACAACCUGUGCAGGAUGUUUCCAAGACCGACGGAUAUGAGAAAAAAUGUAUUUUUUGCAAGAUUGUUAAUCAUGAAAUGGACACGGACCUUCUCCAUUGUGAUGAGGACAUCUCGUGUUUCAGAGACAUCAAGCCUGGAGCCCCGCACCAUUACCUGGUUGUCCCGACCAAGCAUGUCGGAAACUGUAAAUCACUCCGCAAACAACACGUACCCCUGGUGAAACAGAUGGUGGAGAUAGGGAAGGAAAUCCUGCGGAAAAAUAACGUGACUGAUCUUAGUGAUGUCAGAUUUGGCUUCCAUUGGCCCCCAUUCUGUUCAGUGGCACAUCUCCACCUUCACGUGCUGGCUCCCGCCAGCCAGAUGAGCUUCAUGUCGCGCUUGUUCUACAGACUCAAUUCUUACUGGUUCAUUACGGUGGAGCAACUGAUCGAGCUUCUCAACUCUAAAGAAGAAAGCAGCUGAAAAAUGUACCGUCCCACUUUGCGUCCAUGUCCGUGUUUAAAUUGAGACAACUGAUGAGACAUUAUGCAUCUUCUUUAUUUGUCCCCUCCCCAAAUAAGCUAAGUUGAAGUGAUACCAACUCAGGAUUUUAGACCAAUUCAUACACCCGACCCUUAAAACCGCCGACCCAGGUAGACCCAUCUUUGAGUUGUUUUGCAAAAAGAAACUUCCAUCAUCACUUUAUCAUGACAUACAGGAUCAAACAAAUGACAGCUAUUUGACAUGCUGGGUAUUUUGUAACAUCGGAAACCAGAGUUGGGGCAUCAAGUCGCAUCAACUAUUUAGAAGGCGCCUUUUGUGUGGAAACAAGGAAGUCACUUCAGGUUAAGUAUGGUAUAUUAACGCUUACAAGCAAAUUGUCUUGUUCAUGUUCACGUGGGAAACUUGAUUACAUUCUCUGUCUGUAAGUUAGUGGUGUGGUGAUGAAUUGUAUUAUACGUUGGCCAACAUUAAACAGUAAACUGAACAAUUUUCCAGGGAACACAAAACUAUUUUAAAAAUAUUAAUUGAUUGAUUUUUUUUUUUUUCUAUCUGCGGUGGAGUCGUGAAAUUAGAAAAUGACUCUUGCGCUUGCAUUGGAAUAUCUCAUUGAUAUAGCAAGUUUGUGGCAUAUUAUAGCAUGCCAUCGAAAAGACCAAGUCCGAAAAGAAAUGUCAAUUUCAGCGGUGUAGCCUACUCAUUUAUGUUGAGCGCUGCAUGUUAAUGGAAUGAAAUUGUGAGGAAUUGUAAAAUGGAUGCACUUUAAGAGGCCUUGAUAUAUUCUGAAUAAACUCUGUAUUAAACUGUA